AUGCGCCUCGUUCACCAGGUGGUUGCGUUAGCCGUAUCAUGCCUCAUCCUCGUCCUUAUCACGGCAGUUGAUGCCCACUCCCAAUCCCGAAAUCAUUUAAACUACCUAUCAUUAAUUGAGAACCCUCGAAUACACACCCCUUCACAAAAGGUACACGCCUAUUCCCACUUCGAUCUCACCUUCGAUCUGCACAGAAACUCUGAACAUAUCCGAUUAAGUCUCGAACCGAAUCAUGAUAUCCUGCAUCAGGAUUCGUACAUUGAAUUCGUCGAUAAAGAUGGCCAUGUCAGGCACGCCGAGAAGAUGCAACGGGAGGAUCACAAAGUCUUUCAGGGCAAGUCUUUCAUUGUCGACAAGGAUGGAUCGUCCACAUAUGUCGGCUGGGCACGAAUUGUGGUGAGAAGAGAUGGCGUUCAUCCUCUGUUUGAAGGGGCAUUCACCAUUAUGGGCAAUCACCAUCACGUUCAAUUGAAGUCUAAUUACAUGGCCACCAAACAUGUCCUCGAUCCCGAGCUGGAAGAAGACGAUGACGAAUAUAUGGCUGUUUGGCGUGACACCGAUGUCAGCCGGCAAGGGCACACGGACCUGAAACGAAGUGCCGGCCUCACCUGUGCUUCGGACCAUCUCGAAUUCAACACCAACCCCGAUCAUCCCAUCUUUCGAGACUUGAUGCUCAAGCGCGAUGAUGGCUAUUGGGGUACCAUGUCCGUCUCCAACUUGCUCGGCAAACGGCAAAAUAUUGAUGGCGGUGCUGCUGGAAACGGUAACUCUGCCGGUGUCAACCUCAGGGAUACAAUUGGGAGCACGGCAGGCUGUCCAACAACUCGUAAGGUCGCUCUCGUCGGUGUCGCCACCGACUGCACCUAUACCGCCAGUUUCAAUUCCACCGACAGUUUGCGACAAAACGUCAUCACUCAAGUCAACACGGCAUCCGAUCUCUACCAGUCCACUUUCAACAUCACUCUGGGUCUCAGAAACUUGACGGUCUCAGAUGCGGAAUGCCCUGGAACGGCCAGCACCCAAACUCCUUGGAACGUGGGUUGCUCAAGCAGUACGGAUAUCACUCAACGCCUCAACCUCUUCUCUCAAUGGCGUGGACAACGCGGUGACGACAACGCCUACUGGUCCCUGUUUACAACCUGCAACACCGGUGCUGAAGUCGGUCUUGCCUGGCUGGGGCAAUUGUGUAACCAUGGGGCUACAGAACAAACCGAUACCAGCGGCAACGCCCAGAGUGUCACCGGUGCCAAUGUCGUUGCAAAGACUUCGACUGAAUGGCAGGUAUUUGCUCAUGAAAGUGGCCAUACCUUUGGUGCUGUUCAUGACUGCGAUUCCAGCACUUGUGCGGAUGCCGAUACCGUCAAUUCCGGUCAAUGUUGUCCAUUGUCAUCCUCGACUUGCGAUGCCAAUGCCCAGUAUAUGAUGAACCCUUAUUCUUCGCCCAGCAUCACGACAUUUUCACCUUGCUCCGUUGGUAACAUAUGUAGUGCGCUGGGCCGCAAUUCCGUCCAAUCAAGCUGUCUCACCGAUAACAAGGGUGUCGUCACCAUCAGCGGCAAUCAGUGUGGUAACGGAAUUGUCGAAGAAGGCGAAGAUUGUGAUUGUGGUGGUGCUGAAGGAUGCGGUGGCAAUUCGUGCUGCAACCCAGAUACUUGCAAAUUCAAUGAUGGCGCCUUCUGUGACCCCAGCAACGAGGGAUGCUGUACUAGCACGUGUCAAUUUGCGGGUGCAGGGACAACCUGCCGCGCAAGCACUGGCCAAUGUGACCCUGCAGAGACGUGCUCUGGUACGAACGGCACUUGCCCUGCAGAUACCACUGCUCCUGAUGGGACCGACUGUGGGGAUGGACUCCAAUGUGCCAGUGGUCAAUGCACCAGUCGUGAUCUUCAGUGCCAGACCCUCAUGGGCAGUUAUACCUCGGAUAACGACACCUAUGCCUGCAACAGCCAGACUUGCAGCUUGAGCUGUGCCAGCCCUGAUUUUGGAGCAAAUGUCUGUUACAGUAUGCAACAAAAUUUCUUGGAUGGUACUCCUUGUGGUGGUGGCGGACACUGUGAAAAUGGUGUUUGCAAGGGAAGCACGCUGGGAGGCGAAGUCAAAUCAUGGAUUGACGACAAUAAAACAUUGGUGAUUGCUCUGGCUAGCGCCCUCGGCGGUCUUCUUUUGCUCGCCGUUCUCGGAUGUUGUGUACGAGCAUGCAGACGACCCAGAGGAAAGAAGUUGGAUGGAAUGGUUCCCACGGGGCUUCGACACAAGAAGGCAGUUCAUGGUGGCGCACUCCGGGGAGGUUGGAAUGGGCCACCCAUCCCUGAUCAAAUGAGAGAUCGUGGUUAUGGUGGUGGAUGGCAAGCAUCACCUGUACAAAUGCAACCCCCGGCACAAGGAUGGUAUCCUUCUCAGCCGCCGCCCGCUUACGGCUGGGGAGAUGGAUAUCCUGCAAAUCGGGGGAACAGUGUUAGGUAUGCCUGA